GUCACGUCAGAAUUAGAAAAAGGAUAAAUUUUGUGCCUUGAAGCAUAUUACUUCAAUAAAAAUUAACAUUGUUUCGACACAGUUAUAAACAAUACGGACGGUGUUAUUAGGGCAAUAAACUGUGCAUUCCCUGUAGGACAUUUGUGUUGUGUGUGCGUUUUUUUCUUUAUAUUUAGUGUUCAAUACCGCUUUGGUGUUUAACAAAUAAGCGGCUGAAUUGUAUGAAUUGGCAUAGCUCUUUAUAAUUAGCCGUUCGCGUCGCCUACUACAUUGUGCGAGCGACAAUUGCCGGACGAGUAAUUCACAAGACUUAUUUAUUAGUUUAACGUGUCAAGAAAUGUGCGGUGCCGUAAUAAAACUACAAAAAACGAGUUCAAAAGAUAUUUGAUGAACUGGGAUAUCAGUAAAUUGGAUCCCGUCGAACCAUCUUCUCCUUCUACGUCACCCUCGUCUCCGGCGUUGAGAGCUGAUUGCGCGCAGUUCCAGACUUCUACUCCUUAUUAUACUGGAAGGAAGCAGCCACAGCCACCCCUGAACGUAGUGUUGCCUGCCACUGCGCCUGCGACACCUCCUACUUACGGUGAAGCCACACUAACCCCCCCUCCGAGGUCGCCAGGAGUGCCGACGGUAGCCAGUCCAGCGUCAGCCUCCGGCGACGGUCGGUCCCAUCCUCCGGACGGUACUUCUUCUGAUAAGUCGUCAGAAACAGCGGUUGGCGGCAUAUCCCGUACGGCCAGUACGGCACUCUCCCGCAAAGAGAGCUACAAAGCUCAGAGACAGCACUACAGAAGAGAGAAGAAGAGAGCAGCCUCCGCUCUACUCCACUCCAUUGAAGAUCCCUCCGUGGUUGUCCUUGCUGAUUGGCUGAAGGUUCGAGGCUCCCUCAAGUCAUGGACAAAGCUAUGGUGUGUGUUGAAGCCUGGACUGUUACUACUCUAUAAAAGUCCUAAAGCCAAGAGCAGCCACUGGGUAGGCACAGUACUGCUAACAUCGUGCCAAGUGAUAGAACGUCCCAGCAAGAAGGACGGCUUCUGCUUCAAGCUGUACCACCCGCUCGAGCAGAGCAUCUGGGCGCCCAGGGGACCGCACAACGAGACCAUCGGUGGGUAGAGUAGCUUGUAU